AUGUUUGCUUCUAGAUUCCUAUCUAUCAGGACUCCUUUGCCAGUAACGAGAGCAACUUCGCUAUUCCGUCAUCAAGCCAAACUCUUCAUGAGUACGGAAACCAAGAAGGCUAUCGAAGAUGCAGUGGCAUCUGCUCCUGUGGUACUAUUCAUGAAGGGUACUCCCGAAUUCCCUCAGUGCGGGUUUUCUAGAGCUACCAUUCAGAUGCUGGGUCAACAAGGUGUAGAUCCUGCCAAAUUUGCAGCUUACAAUGUUCUAGAGGACCCAGAAUUACGUGAGGGAAUCAAAGAGUACAGUGAAUGGCCUACUAUUCCUCAACUAUACGUUAAGAAGGAAUUUAUCGGAGGGUGCGAUAUUCUAACGAGUAUGGCUCAAUCUGGUGAUUUAGCAAGCUUGCUAGAGGAAGCAGACGCAUUGGUUCCUGAAGAAGACGUUUAA